AUGACUCAUUAUACAUUGCUGCAAUCUGAGGGUCUUCUAUUAUUUAAAGCCCAGGAGUUAGUUAUAUACCCCCGAUAUCCGUCAGUCUUUAUAGAGGUUUUAUGGUAUGAUACGAAGAACCUACUCAGCUACCCGCUGGGGUUGCCAUACACAUCCCGCCCCUUGGGUAUUAUUCAACUCACGAAAAGUUAUGCAAGAUUGGGACUGUUUGAUUGCUGUUCUCCCAGAAGGUUCAAUAGCUACCCUCCUAUCCCCAGGGACUUGGUGCAAUGCACGUUGCCGGAAUUGGGCGCCUAUGAAAGCAAUUCGGCGGCAGAAUACUCAAAUAUCUACAGUUAUCUAAACGAUUCUUAUGGGGAAGACGCCGAUGCAAGCCAGAAUGAGGUUCUUGGGGAUUUAGCGGCCAAUUCUAAAAGGCAUUUUCAGUGGUGA